GACAAAGUAGCCGCGCACAGGUCUCCCGAUACUGUCAAUAUGUUAUAUGAAUAGUUGUUAAUGCGUCAUGCUUGAGCGAAGUUCCAAUACUAUUGUGUUGAACACAUGAUCUGCUGUGAAGUGUUUUGAUAAUAACUAAAAUGGUUACGAACUUUUUAUAUUAAAAAGAAAAACACCUAAAUGGAAGGUGACCAACAAUCAAAGGGCUUUUCAUGGCGCUGGCCGCUGCUCAUAUCCGCUAUAUUUUUAAAUAUAUGCAUUCCAAAUCUAAUUUUAUCGUAUGGCGUCCUAUGGGUUCAGUUGGCGAGUAAUGAAGUGCCGCUAUGGGUAGGCCUGGCUGCGCCGUCUUCAUUUCUAUUUGUGUAUGGUUUGACACAAUGUUGGUUCAGAGAAGCUGCGGAUUCUUGGGGUGGACCAGUGGGGUAUCGAGUGAUGACUGCCACCGGACUAUUCAUAAUUAUCUUAAGUUUGAUUAUUUGUGCCUUCAUUCCGCUAUAUUUUCAACCGGUCGUUUAUGGAAUACUUGGAGGUUUUGGAGCGUCUUUGAUUUCCACUCAAGUUGAUGCAGUUUUGUACGAGACUUACGACUCUCGUCUAGGACUCGUAAGGGGCAUGUGCUUUACUGGGCAGGCCGUUGGACUGUCACUUUUUCCUCAUAUUUUGUUUGUUCUCACAAACAUUUACGGCUAUGUCUAUUCUUAUAUUGUACUUGGAGGUAUCAUGCUGCAAACCUUACCCGCUAUUUUGUUACUGAAGGUAGAUGAAACAAAAAAAUACGCUUAUUUUUCUAAUUAUAAAGAAUUGUCACAGACUUUAACAUGUUAUAAAAAUGAAGGUAUUGAAAAUUUGUUCGGUACUGAACUGCAACUGCAUAGCUUAACAAAGAAAUGCUGGAAGAGUCCAUCAGACGAUAAUUUACACCGGGUAGAUGAGUUUGAUUGUGAUGACGGUAAUAUUUUGGAAACUAUAACUCCGCCGCCCAGUCCAGAAGAGAAAAGAAGAAAUGUAUUUGGUGUUGAAAUCCUUCCUGAAAUUCCAGAAGAAAGUGAAACUGACGAAAUAAGCAUCUCAGAACUUAGUUUAAGUGUAAAUAAGAAACGUUUAAGUAACGCUAUAAAAAGAUUUAGUACUUUGGGAGAUAAUAUAGACGAAUGUAUAACAAGCCAAGUGAGGAAAGAUUCCUUAGGAAAUAUUGAAGUAAAUGAAAACACUGAAAUAGAAGUAACUUACGACACUAUAGAACCUAUAACAGAUAUUCAAACGGAGAAGCUUUUUAAUUCAUUUGGAUUUAGAAGUCGAACGACAUAUACUAAUCUGAAAAGAAAAUUUUGGAUACCUUCGUACAAAUUAUACAAAGCUAAGCGAAGAUUUAUGUACCUGAUAUGUACUAUAAAUGAUACAUUUCUGAAGCCCCUUACUAGAUCGUUAUCUUGCGGAGCAUUUUAUCCAGCCCUGUUACUUAAUUUCACCAAAUUGAGUUUAACUGUUCAAACAGUACUUAUGCCAGUGAUUGCAUCACGAAUGCAUCCGAAUAUACCAAUACUUGAGGCAAAUUUUCUCAUUUCAUUACAAGGCUUUACUUGGAUAUGUUUCGCGAUAUGCACACCGUGGUUGGUUCAAACAAAGAGGAGCAAUUACAAAUACAUUACAGUUUGUGGUCUAGCCAUAUCAACGUGUGCUUGUUUUGUGUUCUUGCGAGCUGAAAACCUAGACCUUUUUUCCAUUGGUUAUGUGGUAGCGGGCUUCGGUUACGGAAUUAUAACAUCAAGUUGGGAGAAAACAGCGCACGAGUUAGUCGGAACCCGGAAAUGGGCAAAAAUUCAUAGUACCUUGGAAACUCUAUCUGCGGCUCUGAUAGCUCUAUUUUGUGUAGGACUCUCUUUUGUAAUUGGUAGAGACAACGGUCUUCAAAUGUCCCUUUUAAUUAUAGGUGUAACUAUGUCCGCUAUUUCUUUGAUUUGGGCGAUCAUAGUUAUGGUAUGUUUAUACAAAACCAAAGUCAAGUCUUAUGGAUUGAAACGAAAAUGGCUGGUAUAAACAUUGUAAAUCAGCUGUUCUCGCAAAUUGCUAACGACAAUGUGAUAUUUUAUUUAAGGAAAUUAACUUAAAAUCAUAUAAAUAUUAAAAAGUUGUAUAUAAAUAUGCAUUAAAUUA